AUGUCCACUCGACCCCAGGUUUCCGUCCACGGCGUUUCCGGCUCUGAUGCCGGCGUCACCAUCGUCCUCCCCGCCGUCUUCAAGGCUCCCAUCCGACCCGAUAUCGUCCACUCCGUCUGGACUGGUGUCGCCAAGAACAAGCGACAGGCUUACGCCGUCGCCUCCAACGCCGGUGAGCAGACCUCUGCUGAGUCUUGGGGAACUGGUCGAGCCGUUGCUCGAAUUCCCCGAGUUGGUGGAUCCGGUACCCACCGAUCCGGUCAGGGUGCUUUCGGUAACAUGUGCCGAGGCGGACGAAUGUUCGCUCCUACCAAGACCUGGAGAAAGUGGCACGUCAAGGUGAACCUCAACGAGAAGCGAUACGCUACUGCCUCUGCCAUUGCUGCUUCCGCUGUUGCUCCCCUUGUCCUUGCCCGAGGUCACCGAGUCGAGACCAUUGCUGAGGUCCCCCUCGUUGUCUCCAACGACAUUGAGUCCCUCACCAAGACCAAGGACGCCGUUGCCGCCCUCAAGGCCGUCGGUGCCCACCGAGACGUUGCCCGAGUUGUCAAGUCCAAGACCAUCCGAGCCGGUAAGGGUAAGCUCCGAAACCGACGAUGGACCCAGCGACGAGGUCCCCUUGUUGUCUACUCCGAGAACAAGGGUCUCGUUAAGGCCUUCCGAAACAUCCCCGGUGUUGAGACCUGCGAUGUGCGACACCUCAACCUGCUCCAGCUCGCUCCCGGCUCUCACCUUGGCCGAUUCGUCAUCUGGACCGAGGGUGCCUUCAACCUGCUCGACAACAUCUGGGGCUCCGAGUCUGUUGCCUCUGCCAAGUCUGGCUACUCUCUGCCCGCCAACAUUCUGGCCAACGCUGAUGUCUCUCGAAUCAUUGAGUCUCAGGAGAUCCAGUCUAUCCUGAAGCCCGCCAAGGAGAUCCAGGAGAAGGACAUCCGAAAGAUGAACCCUCUCAAGAACAAGCAGGAGCUGCUCCGACUUAACCCUUACUCCAAGACCUUCGCUGAGAAGAAGCUUGGUUCCAUCAAGGAGCCCAAGACCAAGGUCAAGAACGCCCAGAAGGCUAAGUUCAUGCAGAUCCUCAAGGACAACUAA